AUGCUGAGGGUCUCCACUCUCCGGUCAAAGCAACUAUCGCUCAUGCCUGGCGCGCCAUGCCCCGCGCUUCUCCAGCUCCGUGCGCCUCCCAUGAUGCUGCUGCCGGUGCCGUCUCCCACCAGACCCCCUGGGUUUGAGACCUCCCCCACGCCGCCGCUGCUGUCCAACCCGCCGGUGCGCCGCACCCCCUCUCCUGUACGGCGCCGUCGGGCUGAUGCGUCCGAUGUGGUUGGCCUGCAAUGCCUCACACCGCUUUUCGAAGACCGCCAGGACGCCAUUCUGCCAACACCUACUCCGACCCCAACUCCUCCACGAGCUCCUGCGGCACGUCGGAAGACGAUGGCUGGACUCACCAUCUUUGCUGUUGAUGGCGCCUUCUCGCUGCACAAGACGAGGGCGGCAGGCUGCCCCAAGGGUGCGCCCGUAGCUCGUGCGGCAGAGAUUCUUGUCUGUCGCUCCCUCGGCAUUGUUAAGAAUGGAGAGGACGUGACUACGACGGUUCCGGACGCAUUUGCGGAUCGCUUCAAGGAGCAGUUGUCGCCGGAGGUGCUCGCUGCCAUGAGGGGGUUGUUCAAGCUCGAUGAUGCUGAAGCUGCUGCUGUCGAAGACGCGCUCCUGGCGCAUGGAGGUGGAGGCGCCCUGGACUUGGAGAGAGACGAGGAAGCCGUGCUGCAGCAGGCAACAAUUUGAGUUGCUGCUCAAAAAACCUGGGACUGUUGUUUGCCAUGUUAGUGCACCUACUUAUAUUACCAGGGGUUGUUAGUUGCUGGCGUGCUAGUUCAACGCCGUGUCUCAGGACUACAUGGGUGCUUGCUCACCCAUUUGCUCUGGAUGUUGCCACUUUAUACUGGCAGUCUGCCACUAGUUCAUUUCAUCUGCA